CCGCAUUUGUGAAGAUUGAAUGUGUGCAAAACGCGUCAUUGACUGGCCAAAUGCUGCUUUAAACAAGCACUGAUUUUGAUUUUUUGGACCUGCAUUGAUGCAAGCUAGAUAACACACCAAUUAAAAGCAUUUAACCAGGCAAAUCACCGGGGCCUGUCAAUCACUGCACAGAAGCCUGGAUGCGGCGAAUUGAUCGACAAGGGCAAAACGAACAAACAGAAAUAGACCCUCGUACCCCUCACCAUCACUACAUCAUAAACAUCCAUCAUCAUCAUCAUUAUCACCAAUCAACAUAAACACACGAAUGUAUAGAAUAUGAUCGCAACUCCCGCCCUGCGUAGAUUAACGCGGGAAGUUGUUAAAUUGCAAAAAUCACCUCCGGAUGGAAUAGGAAUCGAAGUGGGAGAACAAGAUAUUUUGGACAUCGAUGGAUGGAUUCAAGGUCCUGCCGGAACUCCUUAUGCGGAUGGAUUCUUUAAAGUCAAUUUCCAGUUUAUUGGAACAGACUUUCCUGCUGGACCUCCAAAAUGCUCAAUGAGAACAAAGAUCUUUCAUCCAAACAUUCAUGCAAACGGAGAGAUUUGCGUUUCAACACUCAAAAAGGACUGGAAUCCAAGUUAUGGAAUCGAACAUAUCCUAACGGUGAUCAAAUGUUUACUCAUUUCACCAAAUCCCGACAGUGCUUUGGAUCCCGAAGCUGCUUCCCUCCUACAAGAAGCAUACGAAGAAUAUGCCUCAACGGCUUCGAUUUGGACUCGCAUUCAUGCUUCUUAUCGACCUGGAUGUAUGCCAGAAACGAUCAACGUUCGUCCUUCUGUUUCUUCAUCACGCUCCUUUGAGCAGCCCUCUGGCUCAAAGAAGAUGGAGGUAGAAGAAGUCAAUAUCACUAUGGAGAAUGCGUUGGGAGCAGCAGCACAACCGUUGGCGAGGAGUGGAUCGACGAAUGCAAACCUACAUCAUAAAGCAUCAUUCGAUCUUCAAGGAGUACGAGCGGGAGCAACUUUGCAACAACAGCAGUGCGUCUCCCCUAAUCGAUCAGCCAACAGCAUCUCAGCUGCUACAAUUCUUCAGUCAGGAACAGCUGCAGCGGCGGCAGCGGCCUCGGCAGCUGCAAUGACGGCAGCCAUGACUGCGGGAAUGAAUAAAGUCUCUUUGCAGGAUUCCACCUUGAUACCCGCAUCAAAAAUGUCAAUCUUUGAUCAACAUGAGAUCAAAUCAUCUUUCGCACGUAAACGAGUACCCGUUGUUCGGAGAGGGAUCAAGCGACUAUGAGAGUAGGGGUUAAAACUCAUGUAUUUAUUGCUCUUUUUGUACGAUUCUCUUGCAAAGUUGUAUGUGUGUAUAAAAUGCAUCUAUAUCCAUAUAUGUACAUCAGCCUGUUGUAUUGAAACUCG